GUCAAAAAUGUUUCGUUUGCUUCUGCUGACAAUUGUGACUCACUAUUCCUAUGCAAACUGCGGAAAGCACCUACCCGGUCAGGUUUAUGCUCCUUGUCCACCAAAAGUGCAGCCUCCUGUGGUCUAUGCUGCCCCACCUCCACCUCCACCACCAGUAAUCCUCAAACCGCUUCUACUUCCGGAACUGCCAGCUUCACACGAAUUUCUACGUCAAAGCCAUCGCCAUCGCCGUUCACGUCAUCGUUAUCGCUCAAGUUCGGAAUCGCCCGAGUACCGUAAUCGCCGAAGAGGACGCAAGAGCUGUGAUGAAAGUCGCUGCCGAAAUCUCGUCUACAUCUGCGCACCCAACACGAACUGCACGGCACCAAAUGUGAAGUACAUCAACGACAAUUCGAGCUGCAAAAGAGCGAUCGUUACUUGCUAUCCGCUUUCAAUUGCCCAAACCCCUGAUCUGAAGAUUCUCAGCAAUGGCGUGGCAAUUGACAACAUGUUAACGUGCGACAAAUGGGGAAGGUGGAUUGCUAAAGACAAUCAAAACCAAAAGAUUGAGGUCAACGCAGUUGGCUGCUAUGCACCGGCUGCAGAGGCGGAGACGACGACUACUUCCGUUGAAACUACCGCAUAAGCGCGAUCUGCAUUUCAGCGAAUAAACAUGCAAAUUCAAUCAUCAAGGCACAAAUAGAUCAAGAG